AUGAGGAAGGACCCAGCGCUCCUAAAAAAAGAAAGAUUGAAAUUGAAUUUCGGUAUCCCAACGAUGAAGCAGCCUUUGUUUUUAGACAAGUGGGAAAUCAAAUUCCUAGUUACUUACCUGCAGCACCGAUUAUUCUUCGAGGAGAAUCAUUGGACACCAGGUCAAGCUAUUUUGUUUGGUAGAGAAAAACCGAUCAAUAUGAUACCCGCGGCGUGCAUUCCUUGCUUAGUGCUACUUUUCACGUCUUACAAAGAUCAUCUAAAAAUACUCGAUGGAUUCGUACUUCGUACUUCGUUUGAAUGGAUUUUUGCAUCAUAA